AUGUCUUCCUUCACUUCCAAGAUUCAUCACUACCAAACAAACAAGUCGUUUUCGGACGAGUUUUUACGCCAAGUACCCAAGGCGGACCUACACUGUCAUUUAGAUGGCUGUUUGCGUCCUCAGACGCUCAUUGAUCUGGCCAUUCAGCAAGGCGUAGAACUUCCUACGUAUGACGCUGAACAGCUCAAUCGGGAGGUAUUUAAAGAAAAGCAUGAGUCAUUGGAAGAGUAUCUUGUGUGCUUUUCGUACGCGACAGCAGUGCUAAGAACCAGUGAUGCGCUCGAGCGCGUUAGCUACGAACAGGCGUGUGACCAAUUUGCAUUGGGCGUCCGCUAUUUUGAGACCCGGUUUGCUCCACAACUAAAUACGGUGCCAGGUGAGUUGUCGCUUGAAGACGUUUUGCUCAGUGUCAACCGUGGCUUGAAACGGGCCACGGACGAGUUUAAUGCAAAGGAUCCAGACGUGGUUUCCGGUCUGGCGCCUCCUUUUGCUUACGGCAUCAUCGUGUGUGCCAUGAGGUUUUUUACGGCAGCGCUUUCGCCCUACUACGAACAAUUUUGCAGCGUGCAUCGUCACGAAGACCCACAUCGACUGUACGGACUGGCGUCCAUGGCGUUGAUCACACAGGCCUACGCGACCAAGAUAAAGUAUGGAGUGCCAAUUGUGGCUCUGGAUAUCGCAGGGGCGGAAAGAGGAUACCCAGCUCAUGAUCACAUGGAGGCAUUCACCUUUGCACACAAGAAGUUUCUGCACAAGACGGUGCAUGCAGGGGAAGGUUACGGUCCAGAGAGCAUUUUUGAAGCGAUUACGGACCUGCAUGCGGAGAGAAUUGGACAUGGUCUGCAUCUAUUCCGUUAUGAUACAAUCGAGAAGCCUGAUCUGAACGACGAGCAGCGUAAGGUGUACUGUCACGAUCUUGUGCAGUAUAUUGGCAAUUCACGCACGUGUCUCGAGGUGUGUUUGUCCAGCAACUUGCAGACUCAGCCAGAAUUGGAAAGUGACGCCAGGAACCAUCCACUGCGUCACAUGCUGACAAGCAAACUUGCUGUGAGUCUUUGUACUGACAACUGUACAGUCUCUCAUACGGAUAUGGUGCGGGAGGUACGAUUAGCUUGUGACGCCUUCCAGUUGACCCCGCAUGAGUUGCGUGAAAUCCUGCUGACGGGAUUCAAGCGCUCAUUCAUGCCCGGGGAUUACGCAGAAAAACGUGCCUAUACCCACCACGUGAUCGACUACUAUGACCACAUCAUUCAAAAAUUUGGAAUCCAUGACACAAGCACGAGCAAGUCGGGGUAA